UUAGGCUAUAACCCUUAUUAGAGGUAGGCUGGCCGAAUGCCGAUGGUCACCCCUAGAUUUAAGGGUGGGGGGAGAGAGCCUGAAGAUUUGCGGCUCCACUGGAGUUGGAGGGAUGGAGAUGUCAGAUGCCUCAACACAAAUUCAACUAUGGGUCAUUUGGCGGAAAUAAUUUCAAAAUUUUGCAUUUUGUUUCGUUUUAUUUUGCUUUCAUGUUUUUUUUUUUUUUCUUCGAGCCCCAACACUUUCCUCUCCCCUUUCUCUCACUCCUCCACCCUCUACUCCCCCGCCGGUCACCAUCAAUUUCCACAACCGGCGAUCCCUCCCUCACCCUCUCGGUAGUCCCUGUUCUAUUCGUCUUCUCUCGCCACGAACGCGCCGCUGCAAAUCUGGCCACCUCCCACGCCCGGCGACAACACCACAAAACCAGGUAUUCUCCCGGUCUGCAUCAAUUGCACCAACUGAUCCGAGUCUGAAUUGUAGGCUUAAGUGGUUCUAUUCAAUCAUCGAGUUUUCCUAUCAUGGCCAAUGAUUUGGAAUUCCAAUCCCAUUGAGAAAAAGCUCUUCCUUCAACUCCCCUUGUUGAUGGCUUGAAAUUGAAACUGCAAGCUUUGGAAUGCAGAUUAAGAAAGAAGCGGUUUCAUAAAUGGGCGCAUCAUGACUUCUUCUCAUUGGUGUAAAGAGAGCCUCUAUCAAAUUAUAUUAUCAAAGUUUGUUUUCAUAAUAAUUUUUUAAUGGCAAGAGGAAGGCCUAGGAAAAAUGCCAAAAGAAAAUCUGUGUCCCUUGGUAACAACUUAGGUGGUACCUAUGAAGAGCUACAAGUCAAAAAGCAAUGUGAUACAUCAAAUGACAAUGAAGUUGAACGGAGAAUUACAGCUAUCAGGGCUAUUCGCGAUGUGGAGAUUGAACAUCUGGUAACUGGGUUGCGGUUGCUUCGCUCAAAUUUUAACAAGGAACAGCAGCAAACCCCUGUGCUACAGUUUUUCAAGGAAACUUUGCCCAAUCUAUCAGUAGUAAGAAAUGAAAAGUAUGGGCAAUUUGAACUGAAAUGGAAAGAUAAAGAUGGUCAUUUAUCCAUUAGUCAUGCUGAUGAUAGUAAUAUACAUGCAUCACUUUUACAUCAGAUGGCCAUAGCAUACCCUGCUUGCACCAGUGCAAUGCCAGCACUUGGUGGUUUUGAAUUUUCAAGUAAAUCAGUGAAAACAAAUCUUGUAGGUGCUGCAAACCUGAAGAUCCCUGAUUUGGUUUUGGAGGAACCAUCAGAAACUCAGAUGCUUGGCUUGCAAGAUGCUUUCCAAACUCCUGGAGUUGGCACCCAGAGGCUAUCUGUUGGAAUGACACCCAAAACUCGAAGAUUACCAAAGAAUGGUGAAAUGCUUCUUUCUAUCCAUGGUUCACCCCUUGGAGUCUACAAGGAAGAUAACAUGGAAGCGAUACAUGAAUCAGAAGAAGGUUGACUACUUUCGAGUUUCAACUACUUGGGUAUGAACCAUGGAUCUUGAGAUUUUACAUAGUUUAUCAUCAUGAAGGUGAUCAUGAAGAUUCUCACACCAUUGUGCCAACAGUGAUGAUAUGUUACCCAAUAAGCUGCAAGUCUGCUCGCAUGAAUAACUUUUAGUUAUUUUAAAGCUUGGUUAGGAACAUCAUUUUCUAAGUACGUGUAAAGUCAUCAGUUAAAGACUUGUGAGUGGAUGAUAAGGCGGUCGGUCUGGAUUUUUAUAUAUAAAAAAAAAUAUCCAGAUCACCUUAUGGAUUUUUAUAUCAAAAUUACUGUACUCUAAUGAACGCAGAGAUGAUGCAGAUACGAAUUCUGUGGUCGCCAGAGUUGCAGAUAAUAAGUAUUGUACUCCGGCCCCAUCCCUGAAAGCGACAGAGGCAACUAAUUUCAGACUUGUUUCUGUAGGAAGAGGAAACUCACUGUACUGUGGUCGCCAGAUUGGAGAAUGGGGUGGGGUUUGUAGUUCAGAGAAGGGGAGAAGAGAAACUCUCGUUUGAGUGGAGCAAAUGGGAGGGUAUGGUGACUGUAAAAUCACGAUCUAUGAUGCACUGCUGUGACUGCAACUUACAUCACUUCAUCCGAUUCAAGAUGGGGUCGUGUUAAUACAUGAAGGACCGUGAUUCACGGUUUUACCCAUGGUCUACUCCAAAGAGAGUAGUUUGAUUUUUGAGCAAAUGUUGGGGUUAGCUGGAAGCCUGGAACCUAAAUAAACAUUAAAUUAGUUUUGAGGUUUUGAAACAAAUCCGCCCAUUGUCAUUGGUGCUAUUUAUUAGCUUUGAAAUUGAUGGUUUUUUACAA